CCUACACUCGCGCGGGCGCCCGAGCCCGAGGCCGCAUCCCUGGAGCGCGGCGGCGAGCGUGGGAACGCGGGCGGCGGCGCCGAAGGCGGGCGGAGGGCCGGGCGCGCGCGGCGGCAGGAUGUGUGACCGGAACGGUGGCCGGCGGCUUCGGCAGUGGCUGAUCGAGCAAAUCGACAGCAACAUGUACCCGGGGCUGAUCUGGGAAAACGAUGAGAAGAGCAUGUUCCGGAUCCCUUGGAAACACGCUGGCAAACAAGAUUAUAAUCAGGAAGUGGAUGCCUCCAUUUUCAAGGCCUGGGCAGUGUUUAAAGGGAAAUUUAAGGAAGGGGACAAAGCAGAACCAGCCACUUGGAAGACGAGGCUACGCUGUGCUUUGAACAAGAGCCCAGAUUUUGAGGAGGUGACAGACCGGUCCCAGCUGGACAUUUCAGAGCCAUACAAAGUUUACCGCAUCGUCCCCGAGGAAGAGCAAAAAUGCAAGUUAGGCAUGGCGACUCCCGGCUGCGUGAGCGACAUCACGGAGAUGGAGUGCACACGCUCUGAGAUCGACGAGCUCAUCAAGGAGCCUUCCGUGGACGAUUACAUGGGGGUAGUCAAAAGGAGUCCUUCUCCGCCGGAGGCCUGCAGGGGCCAGCUGCUCUCAGACUGGUGGAUCCAGCAGCCCAGCGCAGGCUUGCCGCUCGUGACGGGCUACAGUGCCUACGAUCCGCACCACUCAGCCUUCUCCCAGAUGGUCAUCAGCUUCUACUACGGGGGCAAGCUGGUGGGCCGGACCACCACCACCCGCCCCGAGGGCUGCCGCCUGUCGCUGAGCCCCCCGGGCCCGCCCGGCGCCGGGCUGCUCGGGCCCGAGGGCCUGGAGCUGGUGUGCUUCCCGCCGGCCGACGCCAUCCCCAGCGAGCGGCAGAGGCAGGUGACGCGGAAGCUGUUCGGGCACCUGGAGCGGGGCGUGCUCCUGCACAGCAGCCGGCAGGGCGUGCUCGUCAGGCGCCGGUGCCAGGGCCGCGUGUUCUGCAGCGGCAACGCCGUCCCGCGCAGGGACAGGCCCAACAAGCUGGAGCGGGACGAGGUGGUCCAGGUCUUCGACACCAGCCAGUUCUUCCGAGAGCUGCAAGAGUUCUACAACAACCAGAGCCGGCUUCCCGACGGCAGGGUGGUGCUGUGCUUUGGAGAAGAGUUUCCAGAUAUGACUCCCUUGCGAUCCAAACUCAUCCUCGUGCAGAUCGAGCAGCUCUACGUCCAGCAGCUGGUGGAGGAAGCCAGGAAGAGCUGCGGUUCCGGCUCCAUGGUGCAGCCCCCCGAGGAGCCCCAGCCGGACCAGGUCUUCCGGAUGUUUCCAGACAUCUGUGCCUCCCACCAGAGACCUUUUUUCAGAGAAAACCAGCAGAUCACGGUUUAAGUCUCUCUCUCGGGCACCCCGUCCUGCCCGCGUCUCGCGUUUCGUUAUUACAAUUACUGUCGUAAUUAUUUAAGGAUGUGGCUCCCUCUGGCCUGGGGCGGGGCUUCAUCUGCUCUUAAUUUAGUAAGGGCUCCCCGUGAGGGCUUGAUGUUCGACACAGAGUCGCGUCACGCCUCUUGUUCAGGUAUAAACGUAGGAAAGUGCGCCGAACGAUCCAGAUGCCGUAACUACAUACAACCAGUGAUUAAAACAUGUAUCCCCUGCGUUUCCCCUAAUUAUCAUCAGUUGCUAGAUUCUUUCAGCAUUUCGGGAUAAUCGAUAUUUCCAAAGACUCGGCAUUCAGUUGUACUAGCAAAUAGCUGCUUCCAGGGGGAAAAAAAAAAAAAAUUGGAGUAGGAGAUCAACUUGUCAGAACAAGUCUGCUUUUUGUCUGUACCUCGCGUUAGAGCCAUAGAUUUGUGAUUUGAUACGCUUGAUUCCGCGUGGAGCGUCUCCGCUUUUAAGCACGUUAAUAAGGUUUAGAAAAACUUAGAUAGCAGCCCCCCUUUAGCAAGUGAACACAGAACUCUUGGCUUGUUGCAGGAAUGCACCCCCUUCCUGGGAUCUGUUGCCAGGAGGGCACUUCCAUCACCAGGUGAGCUGGUGUGUUUUCACCUCCAGACAAUGAAGAUCUUCCCUCUGGGAAGCUUCGAGCUAAGUGUGUGUGUGUGUGUGUGUGUUUGUGUGUGUGUGUGUUUUCAUUGCUGUAAUUCAAUCAUCCCAGAGCCCUCACUUUUUCUUCUUUCUAAAUGGUUUUGACCUGUUUUUAAAAAUACUCAUUCUUUCAACUGUCCUAUUGUAAACUGCUUUGAUAUAUAUAUAUAUUUUUUUUUUUUCACAUAAAGUGAGCAGGAUAGAAACCACAGAUUCAAAAAGUAAUUGUAGAUUGUACAAGCAUUUUGAUUUGUGCCUUUGACUCGGUCAACCCAUUGACGAGCCGGUGGUGGUGAGCGUGUGGGCGUGGCUCGGGUGGGUUGGGGACUGCGGAUGAGAGGUGUCGGCUUCUUACCGCUGCCCUGGUCACAGGGUGGAUGGCGGCAGGGACAAGGCCUUCCCCAUCCCUCGGACUCCCAGGCCUGGGGCCACACCAGAUUCUACUCUUCAACGGAGUCCUGUGGUGGGACUCCAGGGGAGGAGUCCCCGUUUUAGCCCCAGAGGAACGUCACGCUAUUUCCUGUCCAAUCAGAUGCAUUUAUUGCCCCACAAUGUGUCAAAACGGCAGCGGCAGGCCAGCCUUCCCGUCGACCUUCCCCGUCUCCACAACCGCUCUGAAAUCACUUUCAUCAUUGAAAAGCACUUCACCGUUUUUUUCUGGGAAAAAAGCCGGUUGUAUUUCGCUAGAUUGGGGUGCCCCCUCCCCGCCCGUGUGUUCUGUGCGAUGUGCUGGGCCUGGCAGAGGGUGGCCGGGUGCCGGCCACUUGCCAGUGGAAGUCGGUGGCAGGGGCGAGCCCGUCCCACUUGCAGUGUGGACCCCUGGCAGGGUCGGGGAGGGUCUGCGGGCUUUCCCCCCUACUGUCUGUGGAGCGGGGGGCGGGGAGGGGGAGAAGAGUCGUCACCCCGUUCUUUCUCCUUCAUAACCCAGCCUCGUGGCCACCAGCCCUGACUGACAGCGACGGGGCACGAAGGGACCUCGACUGUCGGCUUUCACCUUGAGGUGGGGGAGGAGCCGGGAUCUGGGGGACGAGACUGCCAGCCUGGCCCCCUUGUAACCAUGAGUCGCUGGUUUAAAAUCCAAGCCGAGGAAGACUGGUUCACUUUCGUGGCUGCUUCCACGAAGGUGAUGCAGGCGUGGCAUAUGUAGUAAGACUUUGUGGUCGUAGGCCCUAUAGGCGUGUUUGAAUUCACCGGAAAAUACAGGAGAAUGCGGCAAAAGUGGCUUUUCCUCUUUGGCGGACAGAGCCGGCCUCACAUUGUUGGGGGUAACAGACCCGUUUUCUGAAAUUCCAGCAGAGAACAGCGACUUUCGGUUUCUAGCUCAAACGAAUGGUAAAGCGUGUAUCUUGAAUAUGCUAAAUGAAUAUUUAUUUUUGUAUCCAUUUAAAGCGUAUAUUGAUCUCUUUUAUUCUUUAUUAAAAUAAAGUGCCUUUUUAAAAGCUG